UUCCCCAAGCGGCAUCAGUUGCUCAUCAGAGUUCUCGCCCACUUCCCCAGGCGGCGGCGCAGCGAUCGGCGGUUGGGCGUCGGCGGCCGCGGCGGGAGCUGGCGGCGACCGGCGAACCGAGCCGACCCGGCAGACGGGCGACCCACUGGCUGACUAAUGAGGUCUUCUAAGGCCAACGGGAGCGCGCAGAGGGCCGGAGAAGUCAAUCAUGUCCGUGGAGAAGGAGCAAGCUGGGUUCUUGUUGCGGGGGGAGUUUUGCUGAGCACGCUUUCGGUCAGACUCGGGUGCAAAUUGAAGCAAAUGCUUGAUGUGAAGAAGCAAAAUAGUAGUGCCUCCACCAAAGACAACAGACGACCUCGAGCAUGUGAACUGCACUCGAAUCUCUACCGGUUUUAUGACCAAACCAACUGCUACUGUUGUGUUUCAGGGAUUGCAGAUGGUGGAGUGGAAGUCAAGCAAGCACCCGCGAGUUCUUUAUCAAAGCCAGAUGAACCCUCCCUUCCUCUUGCGAGGGUGUCAGGGCCAGAUUCAAGCAAAGAGAACAGUGGUGUCAUGUGGACAUCAUCGCCUGACCGUCUUGAAGAUCCUCGCAGACCAUUUCAGUACUCGAACAGUUCUGGCUCUCCCUGUGUUUCUGAAUCAGGAUCUGACAUUUGUAGCAAGAGAGAGGUCAUACAGAAGUUGAGACAGCACCUGAAGAGACGUGAUGAGAUGAUCAUGGAGAUGCAAGCACAGAUAGCUGAUCUUAAGAAUUCUCUCAGCAUCCAGGUGACACAAACCACCAAUUUGCAGUCCCAGCUGGAUGCUGCUAACCAAGAUCUGUUUGAAUCUGAGAGAGAGAUUCAGCAGCUAAGGAAGAUCAUUGCAGAUCAUUGUCUCGCAGAAGCAGUCUCUCAUGAUAAAUCUUUACAAGCUGGACAUUGGCAAUCAGAUGCCACCAAUGGGCAUGCUAAUGGCUAUCCUGCUAGCAGCGUCGAUGACCACGACCUUCAUUGUGUUGGUAUCCAGAAGAGAAACGUCGAGGUAGAGAGGGUGGAGAUGCUCAAGAGAGAGGUUGGUGAUCUGAAGGAAGUUAUUGAAGGCAAGGACUUCCUGCUUCAGAGCUACAAGGAGCAGAAGGUGGAGCUCUGCUCUAAGAUCAGAGAAUUGCAAGAAAGGCUCUCAGCACAAGUGCCCAACAUCUUGUAGGAUCUAUUCAUAGUGUUAUCUUCCUACAAGUGAUUUACAAGAAAAGCUUUCGGCUCACAUGCUGAACAUCUUGUUAGGUCUUCGCAAAAUGUUAGGUUGAUUUGUUUUCUUUGUUAUCUUUUUUUUGCCCUUUGUUACUUGAUGUUGAAAAGGGGCUUAGUUUUUCAGUUGCUAGGCCUAGGUAGCUUAGUUGGUCAUAAGCUUAAUGCUGAAGGAGUUGUACAGGUUUUCUGUUUGCAGACACGAUUGUGUAUCGUGCCUUCUUCUUUGUUUCAGUGUGGUUUUGACUUAAGAAGAGAGUGUCACUUUGAGUGUAUGGAUGACUAAAUCUCUGAAAUUAGCAUUAUUUUUCAUCUGUAA